GGAACUUGUAUAAAUAUAUUAAUCUAAGCAGGUGAAGAUCAUAUCAUUUCUAUUCUUAGUAGCAGAAAUCUAUCUCUAUUCUCUCUCCAUCAUGGAUGUAAAAACAAUAUUUGUGCUCUUUACUCUAAUAAUAUUCCCAUUAAUAAUGGUAGAAGCGACUAAAGUUGAGAUUAUUGAAGCCACAGGUGUGUUCGAUAAUGGAGAAGGGCCACGUCUAACCCUCCACGGACCUCAUAUAGCUGGAAAAGACGACGGCGAGCUGAUGGGUAGUGAGGAUCCACUUGAAGAAGAGUAUGUUUCUUCUUUCAAUAAUAACGUCCCCGUCGUCGUCGUCCCUGAUUCCGGCGAUCUGAUGAUUCCGGUUCCGGUGGCGGAUAUAGAGAAGCUUGGUCGUCGCCUCCUAGUUGCGGCGGUGGAGUCCAAUUCCAGCGCUGCGCCGGGCUAUUAGCCAUCUAUCCCAUCUCAUCUGCUUCGUAGUGGCUUUUCCAACCUGUUAUAUUACGUUGUUUAAUGCAAAAGUUGUGGCUUUUUGGUGGCCAUCAAUAUAUGUCUGUCAUUUUCAUUUGAACGUAUCACGUAUGUAUGUACUAGAUUUUAAUAAUAUAUAUAUGAAUCAUGCAUUAUCGAGUUUCAUAUUCUCA